AUGGCUAUUGAAUCCUAUGAUUUUUUAGUGAGUGAAAUACGAGUCUCUUUAGAUGUACAGUAUUUGAGUUAUCUUAGAAAGGUGAUGAAAUUAAGAAACUUAUCCUUGAAGAAAAUUUAUCAGAGAUUAAGAGAGCUUAAAUUAUAUUAACCAAAGGGCAACAAAGAUAGAAAUUGGCUGUAUGAUAUUGUCACAAUAAAUAGAUUUACUCCAAUUUAGGCAGACUGUUGAAAGAGGGUUUCAAUUAAUUAUAUAUAGUGGUUCAAGCAGAUCUUAUGGAAUAAAGCGAAGAACUUAUCGUAGCUGCUGGAAUUUCUCUCAAGAAUAUAAAAUGCUAUAGCAAAGAACUGAUGCCUCUGGUGCUUCAUUUCAUUUAAUUAUACAAUAUGAAAUAUGCGGAUGCGUGGAUACCGACCUUUGGAAAUCUUAUUCAUUAAUUCAAUUAUAAAGACUAUUAAGAUCACAUUGAGAAAAUAAUCAUUGAAAUGUCGACUCCUCGACAACCCGAAGUGGGAAGAUUGAUUGGGGCUAUGUUGAUAAUUUAAGUAGCUAACUUACUCGGUGAUAAGAUUCAAGGACCCUUAUUGGACAGAGUGAGAUAACUAUGCAACGAUAAUGACAGCGAGGUCAGAUCCAUAAUAGCUGGGGAUGUCUUUUCUUGCCUGAUCGAAAGGCUGAGUCCUUGUCUUAUUCAUUAAUAUUUGCAAGACAAAUUCCUACCACUCAUAUAUGACAAUAGUCCAUAAGUAAAAAAAUAGAUGAUUCAAACUUUGUUUCUGCAUUACCAGAAGCUUAAUGCUAUUGAGUGUGUUGUAAUAUUUUCUAUCUGAUUAUAAGUUUAAUGCUACUCAGAUGUUUAUAGAUUGCUUAUCCACUUAGAAUGAGGAUGUUCUUUCUACAUCUCUGGCAUAUUGUGGUGUUGCUUUCCUUGCUAUAAAGGAUUAAGUGAAUUUAGAAUUUAAAUAAAACCUGAUUAAUUUAUUUGUGAAAUUUGGAUAGCAUCAGAGUCAAAUCAUCAGAUACUAUUAUUUGUACAAUUUACCAGGUUUUCUCACUUUAAUCAAAGAUGUCCAAUUGAACUGCUAAUUGAUCUAGCCAUUUUGUAUCAUCGUCGACGAGGAUGAAGAGGAAAAUAGGAUUUUUGCUUGUUCAAUCUUGCACGAAAUGAUCAAACCCUUUGAUGUAAACAAAAUUUAUAAUUAAGUAUAGCUUCAUUUAAACUUAAAUAUUUUUUAUAAUAACAAAUGUUGUGGGUACUGAAAACUUGAAGAUGAUCCUGCAAAUUCAAUUCGCCAAAAUCAUUGAAACCCUAUUAAAUGAGGGAUAUCUUGCAUCCUUAGAUAAAAUUGUAAUAUAUCCUAUUUAUAUAUAUGUAGCAAAAAUAAUUUAAAACUAUUUUCUAAGAUUUUGCAAAACUAUUCGAAAAAUGUCAUGGAAAUUAUAAAACCAAUGAACAAUUUCUAACUUAAGUCCGACAUUUUAUGAGAUUUGUUAAGCCAAGGUAGUUUGUAAAAUACUAUUUACCAAUUCUGUACAAAUAACAAACAUGCAAUUAAAAUGAAAGCAUAGCCAUGGAGAUUUUAGCCCAUUUCUUUUUCACCUGUCAAGAUUAUGAGAUCCAAUAAAAUAUCAAGGAUACGAUGAAUUAAUAAUUUUACAAGGGAAGUUCCAAUAAAAAAAUCAAGUAUUUGUGGUUCAUUAAUGCUUUGCCAAAAUAUAUAAGCAAAAAGUAGUUCAAUUAUCUAAAUGUAAGUAUAAUAACCAUUAUUUAAGUUUAACAUAUUUGUCAACUUAUAUGCAGAUAAAAUUGUAGACGUUGUAAUACAUUUAAUUAAAAUAUUGCCACAUGUCGUCCAUUAUUUAAUCGAUCAGAGUCAAUAUAAAUUGUUGAAAAGUUUAAAGGGAACAACGAUAGAGAAAUUAGUUGAUGAAAUGAUCGUUGCAAUAGAGUCAAACCAAAUACAUGUAGAUGAAGUUAAAGAGAAGAAAUUGCAGGAGAAAGAGGAUAAGGUUUAAUAAGAUUACUUAAAUUCUUUAAAAGCUAAUAAAUAAUGUGACUCUUCUCAGAGCAUUGAUAGCAAUUCUAAGUACAAGAAAAGGCCAGCCCCGAAAUUGGCAGCAUAAACUGCUAAAAAACAGUAAAGCACUUCGUAAAUGAGGUAUGUCUAGAUCUGUAUGAUAAACUAGAAUUGGAGUUAAGGACAAUACGUCAUAACCUUCAAGUAGGAGUCAAGAUAGAAGCACUAACUAGGUAGUGGCAAGACAGUAGAUUGAAAUAUAGAAGUUUAAAAGCAGACCAAGUGGAUUUAAUAAAUUUUGAAAGAUAG